CCAGGGCUUGGUCCGGGGCAAAAAUUUGCAUGCCAAGGGCCACUUGAAUGUGAAGCUCCCCGGAUUCUCACUACCUGACAUGCAAAACCGGUGGAGGACCAGUUAAAAUGGUGUACACGGACAGUCAAUGCAGGUGUACUCCAGUCAAAUCACUGAGCCUCCAACUCCCCAUCAUAGAGCACCACUCUCUCCAGAUAGUGCUAUGGAAAUGAGUGCAGUGAUUUUGCUGGGAUAGUGUACCUGCAGGUUGUCCAUUGAUGAGGGUUUCGUGGAAGGAUUAAAAGUAAGGUGAUAGGUUGACUGUAAAACUAAAAGCAGUAAGAGUGCAAAGGAUCAGAGGCUGAGAGUGAAAUAAAAGAUCAACAGAAGAAAAAGAGGAUUAAGACAGAGAGAAUUCAAAGGAUGCCGAGGUCUUUCCUUGUGAAGAAGAAACGUGGGGCAUGUGGAGCAUGGCAAUGGAAGGAGACAGAGCAGCUCCAGUGGCAAGACGACGAUACAAUCGUGAGUGAAUUUGCUGUGGAGCAAAUAUCCUGCAGUCGUGACGCCCAGCAGCCUGCAGCUGUGCCUCAGUCAGUAGCCUUAGGAUGUGUUACAGCAGCUGGACUCAGAGUGCCUGUACCUUUGGCAGGAUCUCAAAGACCAGUAGCUGACGCCAGACCGGACUGGUCCACACUCAUGCUACGAGGCUCCUUCUACCAUCCCAGUCCACUGGCACUGGUAAGCAGAGCCAAGCCUCGUCCCCGUGUGUCCCCCGGCUCAGGGGACUUUGUGUGCUCAGUGUGCCACAAGAUCUUCCCUCUGCAGCGGAUGCUGACUCGACACCUCAAGUGCCACAGCCUGGUGAAGCGCCAUCCAUGUCGAUUUUGUGGCAAAGGAUUUAAUGAUACCUUCGACCUUAAGAGGCAUAUGCGAACACACACAGGUAUCCGUCCCUACAAGUGUGAGCUGUGUGAGAAAGCCUUCACACAGCGCUGCUCUCUGGAGUCCCACAUGAGGAAGAUCCACGGCGUUCACCAGCAGUACGCCUACCGCCAGAGACGCUCCAAGAUCUUUGUGUGUGAGGAUUGUGGGUACACAUCAAGCCGUCCUGAUGAGUACUUCCUGCAUGUGAGGCAGUGCCACCCCGGCAGUCCCGCCCUCCGCAGGUACUACCGCCGCCAGGCCCACGAGAACAGCAGCUUUGCCUCAGCAGAGCAUAAACUCAACCCCUAUCUGCUGUACUCGAGCCCUGCAUACUACAUGGACGGAGCAUUCUGACUCUCAGAUACACUGUGUUGUAGCUGUUCCAUCACUGAAAAUAAAAUUUGCUAGUUUAAAUGAAUUUUUGAAUUUUUAUUCAACAGUGUAACACUCAGGCCAUCUAUAUUUG